GGCACAUUGUGAUAUUAUUACAUUUAUUUGGGAAUUCCGUUCCUUUAUCUCUUGGCAUUUUUCUGUUGAAUAAAGUCAAAAAAUGAGUUUUCGUGUAUAGUGAUUGACGUGAGGUCGAACUGAAUGCAUCAAUCGAAACCAAUUUUAAACUGUACAAAGAUGCAAUAUUACAUUCAACUUUUUUCUCUAUUGGCUUGCUUCAUUCGCCUGGGUGGUGCACAAUAUCCGUGUACCACACCAGAUUACACAUACGGUUAUUGUACUGAUGCAAGGCAGUGUUCCUAUCUUUAUAAUUUUUGGCUCUCGAAUCAAUACUAUCUACUUUAUUACACUUAUUGUGGCCAGACCUUUGGAUAUGGAUCGGUUUGCUGUCCCUACCAGGCUAUAAAUACAGGACCGUCUACGAUAACAACUCCACCACCCAGGCCAAUAACAACUCCACCACCCAUUUCAACAACAACUCCUGUAGUUCCAAAUGUUGGCCUUCUACCGCAACCAGGAACUUGUGGAGUUAACAUAAAAAAUCGUAUAAUAUAUGGUAAAGAAACGGAAAUAACGGAAUUCCCCUGGAUGGCUUUAAUUGAAUACACAAAUCUGGAUAAAACCAAAUCUCUGGCUUGUGGUGGUGUCCUCAUUGAUAAGAACUUUGUUUUAACGGCGUCGCAUUGUGUGAACCGCAGAGCAUUAACAACACAAGGCAGGAAACUUUCAGGCGUUCGGCUUGGCGAUUGGGAUACAACAUCUGACCCAGACUGCGUUGAAAGAGAAAAGCAAAAUUGUGCAGAUCCAUUUAAGCAUAUCCUCGUAUCAGAAAUCAUUAUACAUGAGGCAUAUAAUCCCGAUUCGAAUCUUAAUGAUAUUGCUCUAUUACGUUUGGAACAUCCAGUGAAUUAUACAUAUUGGAUCCAGCCCAUAUGUUUGCCAUUGUCGAGCGAGGUAGUCGAUGCAAUCGGUGAAGGGGUACAAUUGGAGGUUGCAGGCUGGGGCACCACAGAGGAUGGAAGUCCUAGUGAUGUUAAAAAGAAGGCUAUGCUCUCAGUUGUUACACAUACUCGAUGUAAUAAUGAAUAUCGUAAUAAUGGUUUUACUAUGACAAAUGGGCAUCUAUGUGCUCAAGGUGAUGACAGACAGGAUUCGUGUCGAGGCGAUUCCGGCGGACCACUUAUGUAUCAGCAUAAAAAUGGAUUAAACGUUCAUUAUUACUUGGCGGGUAUUGUUUCAUUUGGUGGAAGAGAGUGCGGACAACCUGGUGUCCCAUCAGUAUAUACAAGAGUUGACCAGUACAUUAAUUGGAUAUUGGCUAAGCUAGCCAGGCUAACAUGAAACCAUCGACAUCAAAUAAUCACACCAUGACGAUCGAAUCGGGCCACCUCAAACAUUUCAAAUCAAAAUUAAAUAUUUUUUUGCAAAUAUGUAAAAAAAUUUUAUGCUUGAUUUGGAUUUUUUUUGUUUGUCACAAUAUAAAUUACAAUAAAUAUAGGUUUCGAUGUUUGGACCGAUUUUUCUAAAUUACA